UCUCUCUCUAAAAAAUCAUUGCUACACUCGCCAGUCCAAUGAUAUAUAAUUUUUUUUUGAUCCAAUGAUAUUAUAAAAUUCCCUCUUACCCACAACCCACCUCUCUGUAUUUCAAGACCCAGAUACAGAAUACCCGUCUGUGGAAUUUCUCGCUUAACAAGAAUCUAAUACCAGAUUCUAUUCUAUUCUGUUUUUAUUGUCCUAAAUGGCGGCAGCGAUAGCUAGCUAUAGCUGUUAUUGCCGCGAUGUGGAGUUGAUGAAUCAUGGAAGAUCAGUUCACCAUCUCAGUCUCGCUAGCUCAAUAUCACUUCAGCAACUCCCAACAUCCAGGAGACAUAAAUAUAAAUCACGCCCCACUGAUAGAUUCUUCCGGUUUCAAGUCAAUAUGAAACAGUCUGAAUCGCCAGCGAAACUGGGUAGUAACGGCAGAACUAUUAAAAUGGUGCCUACGAGUGAGGUAAUGAAAAGGAAAACUCCGUCAUUAGAUAAUGCAGAUGUAGUGAAUGGUUCCAAGAGGGUAGUCAAUGGUUCAAACAGGGUGGUGAACGGUUCAAUAGGGGUAGCCGAUGGUUCGAAAGGGGUACUGAAUGGUUCGAAAGGGGUACUGAAUGGUUCAAAGGUGGUUGUAAAUGGAACAAGCAUUGUUAAGAGAGAUACUGCUUCUGCCCUGGUUAAGACCAAAAAAACUGGGGGCUCUAAAGAGCUUCCACCAAUUGAAGAGCUAAAGGUUCUUCCAUCAGAUGAGGGUUUCAGUUGGGCCAGCGAUAAUUAUAAUUCGGUGCAGAGAUCUAUAGAUGUAUGGACUUUUGUGCUUUCUUUGCGCGUCCGUGUUCUGUUUGACAACGCGAAGUGGUCAUAUAUUGGAGGCUUCACAGAAGAUAAGCAGAAAAACAGAAGAAGAAGAACUGCAUCGUGGUUAAGGGAAUGUGUACUGCAACUUGGUCCGACUUUUAUCAAACUUGGACAAUUAUCGUCGACAAGGUCUGAUCUAUUUCCGCGUGAGUUUGUGGACGAGCUUGCCAAGUUGCAGGACAGAGUACCAGCAUUCUCACCAAAGAAAGCAAAAGCCUUCAUUGAAAAUGAACUAGGAGCUCCAGUUGACAUAUUAUUUAAGGAGUUUGAAGAUCAGCCAAUUGCAGCUGCUAGUCUUGGUCAGGUGCAUAGGGCUAUCUUGCACAGUGGAGAGAAAGUUGUCGUGAAGGUCCAAAGACCUGGCCUCAAGAAACUUUUUGAUAUCGAUCUACGAAAUUUAAAGCUAAUUGCAGAAUACUUUCAGAGAAGUGAAACACUUGGUGGUCCAACCAGAGAUUGGAUAGGGAUAUAUGAAGAAUGUGCCAAGAUUUUGUAUGAAGAAAUUGAUUACAUAAACGAAGGGAAGAACGCUGACAGAUUCCGCCGGGAUUUUCGGAAUGUGAAGUGGGUUCGAGUACCUCUGGUGAUUUGGGAUUAUACCGCGACCAAGGUAUUAACAUUGGAGUACGUUCCAGGCAUUAAGAUAAAUCGGACUGAUAUGUUAGAUGCGCGUCGUUACAGUCGAUCUCAGAUUGCCUCUCGUUCUAUUGAAGCAUAUUUAAUCCAGAUCCUCAGAACUGGUUUCUUUCAUGCUGAUCCUCACCCUGGAAAUCUUGCUAUUGAUGUGGAUGAAUCACUCAUUUAUUACGAUUUUGGUAUGAUGGGAGAGAUCAAAUCUUUUACAAGGCAGAAAUUGCUGGAUCUAUUCUAUGCAAUUUACGAGAAAGAUGCAAAAAAGGUUAUGGUUAGCCUUAUUGAUCUUGAAGCACUUCAGCCCACAGGAGACCUGUCAUCGGUAAGGAGAUCAGUGCAGUUUUUCUUGGAUAAUUUGUUGAGUCAGUCACCAGACCAACAGCAGACUUUGGCUGCCAUUGGCGAGGAUUUGUUUGCAAUAGCUCAAGAUCAGCCAUUCCGGUUUCCAUCCACCUUUACGUUUGUGAUUAGGGCAUUUUCAACACUUGAAGGAAUUGGCUACACGCUUGAUCCAGAUUUCUCGUUUGUGAAGGUUGCUGCACCUUAUGCCCAGGAGCUGUUGGAUCUAAAACAGAAGCAGCGGACGGGGACUCAACUUGUUCAGGAUAUAAGGAAACAAGCUGAUGAUGCCAGAACAUACACAAUGUCCAUGCCAUACAGAGUCCAAAGAAUAGAAGAGUUCGUGAAGCAACUUGAGUCAGGAGAUUUGAAACUCCGUGUUCGGGUGCUUGAGUCAGAAAGAGCAGCUCGGAAAGCAACAAUACUGCAAAUGGCAACAAUGUAUACAGUUCUAGGCGGUACUCUACUAAACCUUGGGGUCACAUUCAGCAAUCAGGGCACUCAAGUAAUCGCGAAUGGAUCAUUUGCUGGCGCAGGCGUUUUUCUGCUGCUGUUGAUUAGGUCGAUGCAAAGGGUGAAGAAGCUAGAUAAUUUUGAGAAACAGAUAUGAUAGCCCAAGCAAGACAUAACAAAUGCCUGCUUAUUUCCUGCCAUCAAAUCGGCUUUCCUUCGUUUCCAUUUUUCACUGGAUCAUUUGGCCAAUAGCUAUAUAGCUUGUAUAGGCAACACAAUCACAUAGGGGCAUUCUUCUUACCCAUGUAAUUCACGGAAAUUUUAUGGUAACUCAAUAUUCAAAAUUGGGUGAAGUCAAUUUUAACAAGUUAUAGAUUAAAACAUAAUUGUAAUAAGAUUGUAAUACUGUUCUUUUU